AUGUCGGUCAGUAAGUCAGUGUUGCUGACAACCAUGGCCAGUGUGGAGUCUGCAGACAGUAAUUCCACUACCUUCCUGGACUCUGAAUUUCGUUAUGUGCUCUUCCCGGUUUUCUACACCAUCUUCUUCAUCCUGGGCUUCUUCGCUAACCUCUACAUGCUGUUUGUCCUGCGCUGCCUCCGUCAGGCCAAGGCCAUGGGAGAAAUCCACAUCUACAUGACCAACUUGACCAUCGCUGAUCUUCUGUUCGUGUGCGCUCUUCCCUUUUGGAUUAGCUAUUAUAUCCAUAAGGGAGACUGGAAGUAUGGAGACUUCAUGUGCCGGCUGAUGGGCUCCUUCUUUUUCAUCAACAACUACGGCACCAUCCUCUUCCUCGCAGCCAUCAGCAUCAACAGAUACUGGGCGGUCACUCGGCCUCUGGACGCAGCCUCGUCAGACCACAGGGUUCGUGGAAUCAUAGUUUGUGUUUCCAUCUGGGUGUUCGUUCUAGCCAUGUCUGUGCCUUUUCUGGUGAGUCCAGGGGUCAAUGAAAACUUUAAAAACAACAACGUCAUACGUCGCUGUUUUGAGGGCUACCAGAAUGAAACUACUGAUAAGAAGCAGACAGUGGCUGUCACUCAUUUUUUAAUAACUGGAUUGUUUUUUGUUGUCUUUUUACUUGUUGUGAUAUGCAAUUUUCUUAUUGCUCGAGUCUUAGUUUCUCAAAAUCCUACCCUGUCAGUAAUUCAGUCUUCAGCAGCUCUGUCCAAAAAGUCCACUGUAUCCUCCACACUAAAAAUACCCAGAGGGGUGAAACGGAGGGCUCUGCAGAUGUUGUCAGCAGUGGUGGGAGUGUUUGUUCUCUGUUUCCUGCCCCACCAUGUAGUUCAAGGCCCCUGGGCUCUGGCGGUGCUGGAGAUUGAAGAAGGCUUCGGCCACGUGAACUACAGUAGGGCCACCCGUCAGGUGCUGAAUGAUGCUCAUCAGAUCACCCUGGUUCUUAUGGGCCUCAACUGCAUUUUGGAUCCUGUAGUUUAUUAUUUUGCCACAGGGAAGUUUAGAAGAAUCAUCACAGCCCACAUUAAAAAGUUAAUCACCACAUUCACAAAAAUGACUCAGAGCUGCCACUUAACCUGGCCUGCAGCAUUUAUUUGGGUCCUGCUUGGAAAUCAGAGGCCCCAUGGGAAACCCACACAGGCAUGGAGACAAGAUGAAACCUGA